CAAGUAUUGGUUCCAUUCUUUGUCUGAAUUUGUGCCUGUAUGAUCGUGUUCAGGUUAAGCUGUCAUGGAUACUGGCAAGACUUUCCUCACUAUCCUUUAUCUGCUUCUAUACAGCUGUUCAGGCACAGCUGAAAUUGAUGUCUCCCAAAUCAAUAAAGUGGAAAAGGGCAUGUCAGCCACUAAAGAAUUUCUCCAAAGUCUCAGUGAAGUUUUUAAAAACGAGGGGAGAGACACAGCUCGUGACCCACCCACAAAAGUCGUAAAAGUCUUUGGUUCUUUUGGCAAAGUUGCAGUAAGUUUUGGCUUUAUCAAGUCUUCAAUUAACUUCAUCUUUGCAUUCACUCCACAAUCGGAUCCAACACUGCAGUUCAUGCAGGAACAGUUUGCUGGGGUCAACAGUAAACUCAACUCUCUCUCUCUUCAAGUUUCCACCCUGCGAACAGAAAUGAAAUGGACCGACUACGCAAGCAGCUAUGCCAAAGACGAGAAUGUGAUCAAGAACUCCUGGGCUAAGUUAACCGAGUUUAUACAGACUGCUCCUUUGGCUUCCACGCAAGAACAGAAGACCAGGCUGGCUGAGAGUUUCACCACUUUCUAUAAAAACACUGGCACAGACAAGAGUGUUGCUAAUUUAUACCGAUACAUCACUGAGAACAAUAACGUCAGGUUGAAUAAGAAUCUUUUAAAGCUCAUUAUCAAGAAAUCCAAUGGUAAUUUUAAUGUUCUGGUGCAAUACUCUGCCUACUUCACCACUCUGAUGGUUUCAGGGCUGAAUUUAAAUGUGUUUUAUAACAAAUUAAAGGGCUGUGAUGAUGAAGUAAAGGUACAAGAAGCAGUCAAAGAACUGUCCAACACUUUAUCAGCCAUACAGGAUGCCUUGAUUGAGUGUGCCGAUGACUUUGAGAAGUGGGCUCACAAGGAUGCUGUGAAACUUAGCAAUCAACGAUUCUCAAGUAGAGGAAAGCUAGCUUCAGAUAUUAAGCAUCAUUUGGAGAGAAAAUUCCACUGGUUCAAAUGGAUAGUGAUUGCCCACCCAAAAAAUGCUCAAAAAGAGUUUACGUUUGGAAAGUCAAUUUACAUUAAUGUUAAAAAAAAGACGUUUGUUCACGUAAUUCAUAAAGAAAAGGCUUCUACUGUUGAUCAAAACAUUAAGAACAAUGUUACAUCCAGUUUGCAAAAAGAAUUAUUAAAUCAGAUCAAUACUCGGAAGUGUGCAACAAUAAAAGAUGAGCUGCUCCGCAGGCUUGGUGCUAAAGUUACCCGCCACAUACUGUUUCUUCAUGCUGUUACAAAACCCUCAGGCUAUGCUCAAACAGAUGUGCCAGAUAUUAAGCUAAGCUGUCACAUAGCAGGACACCCUAACAACUCUCCCAGAGACUUUAAUAUCUACCUUCAAGGAAAUACUGUGGUGAAAACUCCUUGUUCAGAUGUGAAUUGCAACCAUGGAGAAUGUAAACACAUCAAGGACACCACACAAGUGUUCUGCAAGUGCUAUAAGAUGUUCCAUGGUCCAGCUUGUAAGGAAAGCAUUCAGAAUAUUAUUAACUAUGCAGUUUUGGAAGGUGAAAUCAACAGUGUGAUCUAUAAACCUGUCCCUGGUCUAACAAAAAUUUACUCGAGUGUCCAGGAGCUGAAGAAAUACACUGAAGAGAUACUUGGGUCUGUUAGAAAUGACGUCCAGUGGACACAAACCAUUGUCAAAUACAGCAAUGUGAUUCAGAAGUUUCACUUCAUCAACAUAUUACAUUCACGACUUAAGAAAAGUGCAAUAACCCAAUGCCACUAUGUUUCUGAAUUUAAAGCUCAGUUCACAGAAGGAGGACACUCAUUUAAGUUUUAUCUCACUGAAUUCCACAACAUGAUGAUGGGCACUGGGGUUGGAGACAAACAAAACAUUCUGGAUAUAUUUCGCAACUCGCUUGUUCACAACUCCCAGAAACAGUCUGGUGAGCCAGUAGAGUGCACACAAUACUACACUGACCAGAUUGAUUAUUUUGUUCGCUACAUAUUUGCCCUAGAAAAGGAAGCUGUUUUAGCUUGGUCAAAAUUUCUGCUGGUCACUGGAAAAUCAAAGAACAUUGUAGAGAAGGUUUUUAAGGACUAUGUUUCACAGCAGUGGAGACUCUUCAAUAAAAACGGAUGUGGCCCUCUAAAUGCUGCGGAUCUUCAGAACAACCAUUGCAAGGAGUUGUACCAUAGCACAGCCCAGCAGCAAGUCAGAAUUAAAUGUGGUGGAUUGCUGAAGCCUUUCCCACAAACCGUGGGGUGCUCUGGAGGGCAGUGGAGUGCCUUGCCUGCCUGCUACGCUGAGCAGGAAAAUGGGAGAGUUGAGUGCAGAUCUGAAGGUAGAGCCACCGUCUGUAAGGCCUCAUGCUCGCCUGGCUGGGGCUCCGCCACACACCCUCAACCUGCUGAGUAUAAAUGCUCACAGCAACCUUGUCCAUCCUUCACACCACACAUGUGUAACAACUGCAUGCAAGACUUUGUUUGUAAGGCCCAUGAGGUCUGCACUGGCUCCUAUGGCACAUGUCGUGAAACGUGCCUGGUUAGACCCUGUGGAGUAAAUGCCAGAUGCUUCUCCUACAAUCAUGCCAGGAGCUGCACCUGUGUGAGCCCGUGGAAAGGAGACCCUUACCAGGGCUGCAGAAGUCAAGACCUCCAGUGGGUUAAUACCAGAGGAGUACCAUGGAAUGCUGUUCGAUCUCCAACCCAAGUAGUAGUGUGCAAAGCCAUUGGACCUGACGGAGGGUGGCACAGUGGGUUUGUAAGGAAUCAGCUCUGCAUCUAUGAAUAUAACUGGGGAGAGCAUCAUGCCAGAAACUAUGAGGUUCUUGUUGAUCCAUGUGGAGGACGUGGUUGGAGAUGGAUGCUGGGGGCACAGGGGAACAUGCUCUCGUAUGACGAAUCGAAAAGGUUUCCUGGAGUCAAAUACUACGUUUGUAGUGCAACACACGAUGGCCGCGUAGGGAAGCUUUUCAACACUUAUCUUGGCUUUCUGUGCCAUAUUGCCAGGGGCACAGCUAACAGGGAUAGAAGUUUCUAUUCUCUGGUUACACAACCAUGUUUUUGAAGUCACUUCACCGAUUUGCUAUUCAGUGCUUAAGCACCUCCAGUUCCUUUUUCAAGCUUUGCAGUAGUGGAAAUGAACCUGAAUGAAUGGAGACUAUAUUUCUAUUCUUCACAGCCUUGCUUUUGUUUGCAUUAAAAUUUUUUAAACAUC